AUGGCUAAUAUAACCAAGAUUGCACCGGAAAUGGAAUCAACCUCAAAGUCUUUGCUAAAAUGGAAAUUUCGUACACAUCGUUUGAUCACCGCAAUGGCCAUAUUUUUGUGUAUUUUCUAUAUAGUAGUAUCACCAUUUAUGUUUAAAAUGGCCUCAGAUUUAUAUUCAAAUACUCGCAGUAAUCAAGAUAAUCUAUUUAUCAUUAUAGCCAAAGUAACCAUGGCCAAUGAUGUUGUAUGCUCUCUUCUGCUAAUGAUCACUCACAUCUGUUAUCGUGAGAGAAUUGUUGAAAUUUUAAAUUUAUUCAAUGAAAUUGUAAUGAAAGUUAUGCAAUUGGACAGAGAUUUUGUGAGUUUCAAAAUAAUGGUGGCUCUAAUGCUCAAAAUGAGCUUGUGUAUAUAUGAAAUGUUCUUAAACUUUCCAUUUAUAAUUAAAUCGGCCUAUAAGUUCUCCACUCAAAGUAUAGUGGCUUUUGUAUUUGUGCUGUAUUUGCAGGAAUUGAAUUAUAUUUUUGCCUUAAAUAUCUUUGUGUGUAUCUUAAUAAUGCUCUGCUGUUCUUUGCAAUUGGAAAAGGAGUUUGAAUGCAAACACAUCUUAGGCAAUAAUUUAAAAAUAUUGCAAUUGAUCGAUGUGCAAAAUUCUCUACAGAAACUUAUACGAUUGUUUAUAAAAACUUUUCAAUUUGGCAUAUUUUUAAAUAUUUUACUAUAUUUUGUUACGAUUCUGUGUAAUAUUUAUGCCUUGCUGGAUUAUUAUGUAACAACUCAGCAUCUGUUUAGGACAUUUAUCGUUUAUAUCCUGAGUGUGGCCUUGGAAUUAUAUUCCUUGAUUUUGGUCACUUAUUUGUGUAAUCGUAGUCAACGCCAGGUUAAAGAUCUAUUAUUGCAACGUGAAGAAUUGUAUUUCAUGAAGUCUCCAGGUUUAUUGUCAAUAGUAGAAACGGAUAUGAUAUGGCCUCAAUUGCAAGAAUUUACAUUAUUGGGCUUAUUUACCAUAAAUAAUGAAUUUGCUUUAUUUCUUUUAUCUUAUUCGGUAAAUUUUAUAGUAAUUAUAUUGGAAUUUGCAAUUAAUAAAGCAGCACAUAAAUUAUAA